AUUCCACUUUGAUUUUCUCUCUCGUCCCUUGGGUAUGUGUGUGAUUGAGAAAUUCAGUUCUCAUAGUUUCCCUACAUAUCAGCAGACCUCUGCUAAUCACUCUACAUUUGUAGCUUUCAUCCUUUGCAUGCAUCCAGAUGAAAUGUACGAGACUGAAAUACUGAAUUUCAUUAUUAAAGAGAAGAAAGAGAUCCAUUUGAGGAGGGACCUUUGGGACAGACUUCCAAACAGUAAUGGAAAAGUGGGAUAGACUUUCCAAUAAGCAAGAGGAGAACUGUGCUUCAGAUGGUUACUCUGAUUCAGUGAGAUUUGAUGCCAGAACCAUGACAAUGAAGCUUCCAGAAAAUAUUCCCAGUGUUUUUGGUUUGCAAGAAAAGCUGAAGUCACAGAAAAUUGCACUGGUUGUGCUUUAUAUACUUAUGUUUGGGGUUUUGAUCCCAAUCACUGGAUUUGUUACAGCUCAGGCUCUGAGAUGGGGAGUGCUGAAUCAGAAUUCUGCGUCAGAAUUCCCGGGGAAAGGAAACAACCAUGAAGCUGAGAUGAGAUUGAAAAAAAUGGUGUCUGGUCUCAAUGACACUUUAGAAAAGGAGAUUCAACAGAUAUCUGAUUUAGAAGCAAGUUUCUAUUCCAUCAUCUCUGCUAUCCAUACUCAAAAAGAAUUGAUAGCUGUUGUUACCAACACUUUAGCAGAUGUGAACACCACUUUGCUUGGAGUUCAGCUUAAAAUAGAGAAUUGGAAAAGUACCUAUGAAGGGAGCAUCCACGAACAACAGGAGGAGACUGAGAGUCUGAAAGAGCAUGUGUUCAAUGUGUCAGCAGAAAUUGUGACUUUGAAAAAACAGCAAGUCCAUCUGAAAGAGGAAAUAAAAGAAGAAAUGAAACUUUUGGCUAACAUCACAAAUGACCUUAGAUUAAAGAACUGGGAGCAUUCAAUGACACUGAGAAAUAUAACAUUAAUUCAAGGCCCUCCUGGACCAAAAGGUGAACAAGGAGACAGAGGCUUCAAAGGAGAUGUAGGUGCUCCUGGUAUCAUUGGCCCAAGAGGUUUUCCAGGUCUAAAGGGUGACAGGGGAAUGAUGGGCCCCCAAGGAAACAAAGGAAAUCCUGGAAUCCCAGGGAUCAAUGGAAGACAAGGUUUUCCUGGACAGAAAGGGCAAAAAGGAGAAAAGGGAGAGCGAAGAUACUAUUCUCCAAUCAAAACUGUCCGACUUGUGGGUGGAAGCCAGCCCAAUGAGGGUCGAGUAGAGAUUUUCCAUAAUGGACACUGGGGCACUGUCUGUGAUGACCGUUGGGAGUUGAGAAAUGGAUUGGUUGUCUGUAAGAGUUUGGGCUACUCCGGGGUUGAAAAGGUGCAUAAGGAUGCCUAUUUUGGAAGUGGUACUGGUGUCAUAUGGAUGAAUGAAGUCCUCUGCUUUGGAAAAGAACAGUCUCUAGAGCAAUGUUUGUUCAAAGGCUGGGGUGUGACCAACUGCAAUCACAAUGAGGAUGCUGGAGUCACUUGCAAGGUGUGACAUCGUCUUCUUCCUCUUAAAUUGAGCACAAGGGCCUCUCUCAAGUCACUCCAUUUCCAAUUGGAUAUGAAAAUCUAUCUUGCCAAUGUCACAUUUCAUAGCCGUGUAGGGCAUUGACUGAAGAAGUUUUUCCUGAAGAUUCCUAGUGGAUGGUUUUGUCAUUUGCCACUGGCUCCUUUUAACAUCCUUGGCACUGGUCUGUAACCUAGUUUUUUAAGGGAAUCAUCUAGAUUUUGAAGGGCAUGUCAAAUUGACUCUUCUAGUUGAACAGUGAGUGGAACUUCUUACAGACAUGAUCUUAUUUGGUUUUGCCUUUCUAUCCCCAGAACCAAAGAUAGGACACUGCAAAUAGUAAGGAUUCAGUAAAUAUUUAAGUCAAAUAUGAACUCCAUAGGGCAGGGACUAUUUUUUGCCUGUCUUUGUACCUUCAGUACUUAGCACAGUGCUUGGCAAAUAAUAGCCAAAUGUUAAGUGACUGUGGCUAAAGCUCUUUCUCCCUUGUGACUGAUUGCAAAUGAUCCUCUCUGACUUGGAACUGUUACCCACACUGACUGAUUAACCAGUACAGAUGAUAGAAAUUAUCAUCAACCUCCAGUUUAUCAAACACCCUAAUCAUUUCCCCAGUACUUUGGCCAUUGUAAAAGACUUUGUUAUCUCCAUCUUACAUAUUAGAAAAUAAGGCUCAAGGAGAGCAACUGACUCAUUCAUGGAAACACCAACUAAGUAUCAGAUGGACUAAAGGCUUAAAUCUCAUUUUAUUGAAUUAUAUUCUAAUGAUUUCUUCAAACCCAUUUUUCUGGUGUUGCUGACCUGAAUCAUCAAGAGAUUGGGAUAUGUUUUGGUUCUGCUCAUUCCACUAAAUCUUCCCAAUCAUUCAUCCUAGAAAAAAAAAAAAGAAGCAGAACCAACAUAGUGGAGUAUAGGCAACAAUUCAG